UAACCCCAUGCCCGAUCGAACGGGUGCUGCGACGGUGGCGGCGGCGGCGGCGGCGGCCGCGGCCGCAACAACGACGGCUGCAGCGGCGGCAGAGGCGGUGGAGGGGGGGACAGGGGAGGGGACGCCAGGGGAGGGGCGGCCGGCGAGGACUGAACAGGAGGGCCACCAGAGUCAGAAGACUCCUCAACCGG